UGCAUAUCAAAUCAUAAUUUGUGAAUGUCAAGAACAACAGGGGGUAUAUACAGUCACUCCUUUAGCAGUCGAAGAAUCAGUUUUCUAGGGUAGAAGACGGUGUCCUUACGUUUGCAGACUGUUAAGAAGAAAAUACAAAAAAAAAGAAGAAUGUUUGGACUGUCUGCUGAUGACACCGUAACGUCUCGAUUACGUUACUGGAGUGUGACGUCACCAGAGACUCUGGCGUUUGUCUACGUCACUCCUGACGGCCAGCGGUUUGUUUACACAAGGAAGGAGCUGUUCUCUAUGUCACGCAGAGCGGCCAGUUGGCUUCAUAAGCGAAACGUGUGCAAAAAUGACGUCGUUCUCUGCCUCGUUCCGACAUCACCAGAGCAGAUGCUUAUCGCCUUUGGAACGGCGUUGCUAGGGGCGACAGUGAUGUGUACAGAAGUGCAGUACAGAGACGGAUCCGACAUUUUGCCUUUGAUGAAAACCGGUGACGUCACGGCCGUGGUUGUGGACGAGACAGACCAACAAGCCAUCGCCGCCCUACAGACCUUCAUCACCAACUUGUCUGCUCCAUCGGUCAUCAGCGAAGCCGUUCCGUCGUUAAAAUCUGUUAUCUUCUGUAAUCGCUUCUCGCAGUUGUCCUUCUUGGUAGCUGUAGCCGCUGAGGAAGAAGGAGACCUUGCUGACGUCAGUCCUGAUGAUGUUACGACGAUUUUCUCGACCUCAGGUAGCUCAGGGCAACCGAAACUAGUGGCCAGAACGCACAGGGAGGUCAUGACCAUGGGGCUAAGUUAUUACCAAUGUAGCCUCCUGACAGAGUCAGGACUCAAGACGGACGUCCACUACAACCCCAGCUCAUUUGGUUGCGAUAUAUUUUACGAGCGGGCAGACGAGAGUAGCUACGUACGUUAAAGGAGCUCCUCCAAUUGAUGAGGCCAAGUUCUUGAUGGACUUGUUGAAGAAAGAGUCCGUUGACAGCGCAGUGAUAUUACCGCCAACAAUCAAGACCCUACUGGCACGCGCUGACCUCUUGCAGUGUGAC